AUGGCUAGUAGCGGUGGGUAUCUGAUGCGGCAAGACGGGAAACUGCUCAUGGGUGGAGCGGACAUUCCAUCCAAAUUUGAUUGCAACAGUGAGGCCUUGGGAGAAAUGGCUUUGGGGCUGUGCCGGGGUGGGUCGGGCGCGGAUCUCGAGACUUCGGCGCUGAACGUCUACAUCGUCUUGGACGGGUAA